UCUAGACCCCAAUAGUUCGGCGCGGCCCACACGCGGCAAAAGCUCAGCAAGAUCGAUCCGAAUCGAAUUGAAUCGACUUUUCGUGAGUGUGUGCGAGUGUUUUUUGCGGCAGUGCACUGCUGUUGACUAAUUCUCAAUCGGCGCUUGGCCUCGAGUUGCAAAUCGAGUCACUUCAAAUCGCAGCGGGUUCCGAGUUGAACUUACUCCCAAAAAGGCAGAAUGACUGGAUCAGUCCACGAUCCGAAGUGGAGCCUGGAGCGCCGUGAGUCCUCCGGUCAUUUGGUGUGGCGCAAGGACUCUCCGGAGUCGAAAGUCCGGUUUCGCUUCGACGUCGAGGUCCUGGAGUUUGAGAAGCAUCCCCACGAGGAGCUGGACGAUAAGGAGGACCACUUCUCGAUGACCAGUCUCUCGGCGACAGUGGCCAUGUGUGCCACCUGCGUGGCCGUGGUUGCCGCCUCCGUAUUCCUGCCCUGGUAUUUGAUGGAGAAGGUCGGUUCGCUUUGAGAAAAACAAAGGCUCAAAGGCACUGGCUUCGUGUAUAUAGGUACCUCGACGGUAUUAAGUAGACUCUUGUACAUAAACAAGCGUAGAUUUAACUACUUUUAAAUAGUACGUACGUUGUAAAUAGACCCUAAACGCAGAAUAUGUGGUUUUUAUAGAGAAAAACUCUCGGUGCAAUAAGAGUGCGACAAUGACUGCUAAUGCCAAACUAUGGAAUGUGGAUUGUAUUUUAGGAUGUGUAAAUUCUCAUAAGUUUAGUCCUACGAAAGAUCACAAAGAUAGUUAAUGGAAUAAACGAAAUUACUUGCCCUUUAAA